AAGGAGGAAAUCGAUGCUGAGGUGAGUGCUGAGAGUCUCGUACAGGAAUACAAAACCAAUGACGUUACAUUCAAAGUUAGAGCCCAGUUGAGUCGAAUCCAACGGGAAGGCAAAAGGCGACUUCUUCCAUCAAUUCUAAUGGCACAGGCUGAAAAGAAAUCUGUCCCAGAAGACUCCAAAAUAUCGAUAUUCACUCAUAGUAAAUACAAAACGGGUGUUGAUCACUCGGCUUGGAAUCGUGCCUACGCCCUUUCGGUUAUUCGGCAACUGGGGCUUCGACCAGAUGUCAUUACUGAAGCAGCUGUCGACUAUAUAAUGUCAAAUGUAAACCAAGUUGUUCGUGAUGUGCUCACUACCGCUUUGCAACUGGUAGCCCAAGGCAAAAGGAUUAAGCUAGAAGCUCGCGAUAUUGAGAACAGCAUCGACAUCCGCGGAGUUUUGAGUCCUUGCACGUCGUCUCGUGCUGCAUCCAAUACACAGUUUCAUCUCUGCGACUCUCUUAACAAGACUCUUUAUCCAAAUGACUACUUCAUGGUGGAUCUUAGAGCGAUAAUGAAUGUAACGCCACGGCGAAUGCCAUACAAGCGUCGCAUACGGAAACACUGGCUCGUAAUUGAAGGAGAACAGCCACGAGUCCCAGAAAAUCCUGUGAUUGCUCCUUCUAACACGAGCUCCGGACAAGAGGGCAUUAACACUUUUCAAUCUUCUUCGAACGAGUCGCUCAUGGAGGAUGGAAAUCGUGGGCCGAGAACAGGGAACAAGCUUGAGCAGACACUGUCGCGACCUAUUACUACCCAUUCAUUGUCCUUGGAGGUUCUACAUCUUCUGGCGUCAGAUCCCGGACUACAGUCAUUGGUGCCACGUUUUGCAGUGUUGAUAUUUGAAGGUGUUCGUUGUAAUAUAGCGGAGCAGAACCUCCCCGUUCUAAGAAAUAUACUGAGGCUUCUGAAGACGUUAAUCGACAACGUUCAAGUAAAUCUGGAUAAAUGUUUACAUGAUAUCAUUCCGGCCCUUUGUUCUUGUGUGGUAUGUCGAGAGUUGUGCCCUGAUCCAGAAGACAGGCAACAUUUCCGUUUGCGAGAAUUCGCCGCCUCCAUUUUGGCAAUGAUCUGCAAAAAAUUGAAAGCAAGUGAGCAACGAAAGGGCCGAACUGAAAUCGCAAACCAAAACGGCUCAGAGACAGGAAAAUCGCAGAGCUCAGCACAAAAGCGAUAUCCACGUUUGCCACAGCUGCCAAUGCGUGCUCCUGGCAUUAUUCGUCCUACACAUGCAUCGGUAGCAAAGCUCAGAAUGUUCAAAUAUAGCAAACGUCAUGAAAGUGGUGGAUUGUUCCGUCAGUCAACAUCAACACCAAAACCGAGCCAAUCUGGAGCAGAUACUUCUCAAUUGGUGAGCGCUCUCCAAAGUGGUCAGCAUCCUGUAAACGUGCCUCCAAACGUUCGCGUUCCGGGUGGUUCUCAAGCACCAGGACCUCUUCCUCCAGUCGUGGUGGAGCCGGCAUUCCCGCCGCGUAGACCCCCUCAAAAUAUGAUGGGAGAGCAACCAAGAGCGCAUCCAGCUGUUACCGUGGAACCUGCAUUCCCAAGGAGACCACAAGGUCCACCGCGUUGA